AAUCCUAUAGUGGUAACUCAGCUUCUCAGCUCUGAGAUGAACAUUACAAGGGCUUCCCUACCUAUGCUCAACACCACUUGCAGCUGCAGGAGGGAGAAGUGGAAUUUCCUAGGGAGAUACGAGGGGACUUUUGACUACUGGAUCGGCCUGCACAGAGCGUCGUCUAAGCACCCUUGGAUGUGGACAGACAACACUGAGUAUAACAACAUGUUUGUGUAUCACAUGAAUGCUCAGUGCCUAAAGAAGCCAGAAGAAGGCGAAAGCUCCCCCGGAACUGGAGGUGUACAUUCUUAUAAAAUUCUCCAAAGAAAUAGUCUCAGAGCCAUCUCCCCUGAGUCUUCUGCUAAGCUUUACUGCUGCUGUGGAGUGAUCAUGGUCCUCACUGUAGCUGUAGUUGCUCUUUCUGUUGCUUUGCCAGCAACAAAGACAGAACAGAUCCUAAUCAACAAGACCUAUGCUGCUUGCCCGAAAAACUGGAUUGGAGUUGGAAAUAAAUGUUUUUAUUUUUCUGAAUACACAAGUAACUGGACAUUCGCCCAGACCUUCUGCAUGGCACAAGAGGCCCAACUAGCUCGGUUUGACAACGAGAAGGAGCUGAAUUUCCUAAUGAGAUACAAGGCAAAUUUUGAUUCCUGGAUUGGACUGCACAGAGAGUCGUCAGAGCACCCUUGGAAGUGGACAGACAACACUGAGUAUAACAACAUGAUUCCCAUCCAGGGAGUGGAAACAUGUGCCUACCUGAGCGGCAAUGGGAUCAGCAGUUCCAGGCACUAUAUACCUCGGAUAUGGAUCUGUAGCAAGCUUAACAACUAUAGCCUCCACUGCCCAACUCCUGUUCCUGUCUAGCAUUUACCAAGAGACUCUUCCUAGCCUGUUAUCUAUGGGUGCUACUUUUUCCCCUAUGGUCCCACAGUGCUAUCAAACGGGAUUGAGAAUAUUUUUUAACGUCGCAAAUGAAAACCAUCAAGGCUGGAGAGAUUGCUCCGUAGUUAAGAGACUGACUGCUCUUCUGCAUGUCCCGAGUUCACAUCUGAGCAACCACAUGGUGUCUUACAAACAUCUGUAAUGACAUCUUAUGUCCUCUUCUGUGGUGUGUGAAAACAGCUACACUAUACCUACAUAUGAUAAAUAAGUAAAUCUUAAAAAAGAAAAAGAAAACCACCUUAGAGAGGUGCACACAUGGAGGAUUACAAGACCAUAGAUGAGUUUUAAAUAGAUGUCAGCACUCAUACCUUAAGCCUAAAGUACAACUAAUGUUAGGGAACCCCACUUUUAUGAUAUUAAGGUUUUGUGCAGAGAAUUCUUCUUUUGAAUUUAUGAGACCACAAAAAUGAGUCCCCCAACAUGGGUGUAACCUUUAAUAAUGAAAGCAGAAUGGCUGGGAUCCUGAGAAGCAUCUGUAAUCCCAGGUACCGAAGGGUUGACACAGGAGGGUCUCAGGUUCACCAGUGGGGACGGAAAGCACAAAAACACUUUAAUAAUGAUAGGGAAGAUGAGAUGUCUGUUGCAUCCCGUAAUUUGAAGAAACAUAUUAUACAUGCUUUUCAAAAAUUCAAACCAACAUACAGAAGAAUUUUUAAAAAGUGUGUAAAAUUAAGAUUUACUUUUUACUCUGCAAUUUAAAAAGAUGAGGGACAUUGGCGAAAUGUUUCUCCACUUUAAUUUUAAUAUUCCUAUUUCCAAUUAUACUGUUCUAAGUAUAAUUAUACUUACUUACUUUUCCUGUUCUAAGUGUACUGCAUUUUAUAAUCAAAUACCAUUUUAAUUUCACUAUUUUAUUCCAGGAGCCUUCUGGCCCAGGCCAGUGUAAUGGUGGAGUCUAUAUAGAAUCACUACAAGAUAGUUCAUCUUUGUGGAUCUGCAGAGAUCUGCUUCAAAGGGGGAGUGUUUCUACUCAGCAAUUGUUAUAUAUGUUUAACAAUAACAGUAAAAGCACAUUAAUAGCAGGAAUCUCUCCUAAAACGAGUCACUCAUAGCCUUGCUUAAUGAGGGCUCACCUGUCACAGAUUAUAUAAUAAUCUGAGGCAGGCCACUUCAGGAUGAUCACCUGCUAGUUAUUAGCUUGUCUCAUUAUGGGUCCUGACCAUUUUUUUGGAUUUAUUUCACAUCAAAUGUGAGUUAAACUCCUUAGGCAUUUAAUACUUAAUUUUACACUAGCAUGUGCAUUACUGAGCCUUUAAAAAAAUAUUGAAAAUCUUAUAGAUUGAGCUACCAUGUACUGAUGAGUCCCAAAAGAGAAAAAAUCAUAGGCUAAACGCAGCUCUUGGUCUCUUCAUCCUUUCUUCUCCUUCUUGGUCUUUUUAAAGACUAUAUCAACUUGAUAUGCCAAGGGGGAGUUGAUAUCCAUGGGAGGCCUCCAGGUCUUUAAGGAGAAAGGGAUGGAGAAAUGGAGGAAGGGAAGGGGAGAGGGACAUAGGGGGAGGGAGGAGGGAAGGGAAAUUAAAAAAAAAAUAAAACCUAAACACU